UGCAUUAUUUUCCGUGCAGUUAAAAACAAAUUACCUCAGAUUACGUUGAUUUUUGUAUUCUUUCUUUUAGAAGCUGGGCCAAGGGACUAUAAGACAAUUAUCAGUAAUUCUCAUAUUCACGCCUUGGAAAAUGGAUCAUUAAUGAUACGAGAAGCCGAACAAAAUGAUGCUGGAUAUUAUCUGUGUCAAGCGACAAAUGGUAUAGGUUCCGGUUUGAGCAAAGUCGUAGAACUUACAGUCCACGUGGCUGCCUAUUUCAAAGGAAAGUUUGUGGCCCAGACUCUGAAAAAGGGAGAAAGUGCAGUCUUACACUGUGAAGCAUUUGGCGAACUUCCUAUAACCAUUUUGUGGAGUAAGGAUCGUCAACCUUUUGAUCCUGCAACUGAUCCACGGUACGAGGUAACCACAGAAAGCAAGUCUGACAGCGCUAUUUCUAAAGUCGCCAUUCAUGCUGUUGAUCGCAGGGAUUCCGCACUUUUUACAUGUGUAGGAAGCAACGCUUAUGGUCAAGAUGACACAAAUAUACAGCUCAUUGUACAAGAACAGCCCGACAGCCCUAGUAACAUACUAGCAACAGAAAUCGGGAGCAGAACAAUUACAAUCAGAUGGACUCAGCCUUAUACUGGAAACAGCCCAAUUAUAUCCUAUAAAAUACAAUAUAUCUUAGCGUCAGAAAGUUGGGAAGAUGGAGAGCGAACAACUACCGUUUCUGGACGAGAUACUUCAGCAAUUCUGAGGGGAUUAAAACCAGUUACAAGCUAUCAUGUGAGAUUAAUGGCUGAGAAUGGAAUCGGUUGGAGUGAGCCAAGCGUGGUAGUCCACAUUACAACCGCUCAAGAGGCUCCUGAAGGUCCACCAACUGCAGUGCAUGCUGUGGCAUCCUCAUCAAACACUAUACAUGUAUCAUGGCAACCUCCGAAAAAAGACUUGAGAAAUGGAAAUAUUAAAGGUUAUUAUGUUGGUUACAAGCCAUAUGGAGGCCAUGAUAACUAUGUAUACCAAACUGUUGAAGUACAGGGAGAUUUUAAGGAAGAGAUCAUUUUAACCAAUCUUCGUCGAGCUACAAAAUACAGCAUAGUAGUACAGGCAUUUAAUGAGAAAGGAUCAGGUCCACCAUGCGAAGAACUCAUUGUAGACACCUUGCAAAGUGAUCCUCCCAUCUCACCAAAUUUAACUAUAGCAUCUGCAACAACCUCUUCCAUCCAGCUCAAGUGGUUGCCUCCGGAGAAAGACAACAGUCCCAUAACAGGUUACUAUAUCUAUUUUAAGAAAGAAUUUGAAACAUGGGAAGAGAGACAAGUGCCUGGUCAUCAAACCAGUUAUACUUUCCAAGAUUUAUAUUGUGGUUCUCAUUAUCAGUUUUAUAUCGUCGCAUUUAACACUGUUGGCAAAGGAAAGCCAAGCGAAGUAAUCGCUGGAAAGACUUCUGGUUCAGCUCCUAACCCUCCAAAGAGAGAUGCAUUGCUCAGUGUCAACUCCACAGCCGUAUCACUGCACCUGAACACUUGGUUGGGAGGAGCCUGCCCAAUCAAUUUUUUUACCGUGCAAUACAAAGCAAACACCCAGAAGGAAUGGAUUUUGGUGUCCAAUAAUAUUGUACCCGAGCAAAAGUUACUUGUCAUUUCGGAUCUUACACCAGGAACGUGGUAUACCAUUCUCAUGACAGCCCAUAGUGAAGCUGGACCUACAGAGGCAGAAUACUUAUUUGCUACCUUAACAGCUUUUGGAGCUACAGUUCCUCCGCCACUAAGCAUGGAUGAAAGGCGACCCGUGUUUUACAGAAGUCUCAGCAUUGUAGUACCCACUGCAUGCGCAGUCGUCGUUCUUAUCGUCAUCGUCAUCGUGGCAUGUGUAGUUGUGAAAAAGAGGCGUCAUGUCGACAAUCCACAGCGAAGAGAUUCCCGAUUUCGAGAGGACAAGUCUGGGGAAGGGAUGAGUAUGUCCGUGAUGGAGCGGAAACAAGGCAGUGCCGGAAGCGGAAGUCCCAUCAAGGACCAGCUGUACUAUCCUUCCCCUUAUGCCAUGAGCCAUAUUCCUAUGUUCCAAAAACAAGGAUCGCCAGAAUCGGACUGCAGCCAAAGCCUCGGGAGGAGAGAGUUCGGGCGGCACGAACACAUAUAUGACGUUCCUUAUCCACCGAAAUGGCACGAAGAUGAAGAUACAUACUCACACAUCAUGGAGAGCACUAACUUACCACUCCAUCCAAGCUCCAACAUCUAUCAGGCACCUCGUAUCAUUCCGGUCCAUGCCGUCAGGGCCAGCACGCCAUCUCACAGAGAAAGAAGAGCCAGCAAAAGUAGAAACUCUCACAGACUCAGUUAUAAAGUGUCAAGCAUGACAUCGGAUGGUCAUUCAGGUGAUGAGAGUGAAAAUGAAACAACAUACAUUUUCAACAGAGAAGUGCCAGCAUCUUAUCUCGACAGCCAUGAAAUGUCAGAAGCAGAAUGUGACAGGGACUUGCAUGAAUUUUGUGAGAAAAAUGAAAAAUUCCAAAUAUUUGAACAAUAUGAUGGACAAAGGAUAUGCAUAACUUGAAAAGAUGUUGGCUUUGUAGUGUAAAUAAGUUAUUUGUGAUCAGAUGUAUAUAUUGUCAUAUAAGACUACAUAAUGGACUACGAAUAUGUGUUUUCAAAUGAAAAUAAACUUCAUCUAGUUGAAUAUCAUAACUAAC